GUGUUUGUACAACGAAUUGCCCGAAGCGGAUAUCGCACCGUUGAGCGCAAACGUCAAAGACCUUCAUCAUGGUUUACUAUUUCUCUUCGAAUACGACAACGCCGGCGUCGUACAUUUACAUGGGUAAACACAAGGAAGAGAACGAAGAUCUGAUCAAGUACGGCUGGGAGAACGAUGUCUGGUUUCACGUGGAUAACCUUUCCUCGGCACACGUCUACGUCCGUCUACCUGAAGAUGUUUCUUGGGAGCAAAUCCCGGAAGGACUGUUGCAGGAUUGUGCGCAGUUGACGAAGGCCAACUCGAUUGAAGGAAAUAAGAAGGAUAGCAUUACUAUCAUCUACACUCCAUGGUCGAACUUGAAGAAAGACGGUGGCAUGGCUACCGGUCAAGUCGGCUUUCACAAGAACAAGAUGGUCAAAAGAGUGCACGUCGCUACACGGGAGAACCCCAUCGUAAACCGCCUCAACAAGACCAAGGUUGAACGCUUCCCUAACCUGGCUUUGGAAAAGCAGGAAAGACUGCAGGAGCUCGCACGACGCAAGAAGGCGGCAGAGCGGGAACGUCAAAAGGCCGAGGACGGACAAGCAGCAGAGUGGAAGAAGCUUUCGGAGCAGAAGAAGGUGGGAUACUCCGAUCUGUGGAACGAUGAUAAUAUCAGACACUCCGAUAACCAGGAUAGAGAGGAAGGUGACGAGGACGAUUUCUGGUAAAGAAAAUGUAUGCUACUUAACGAGG